AACCAGUUUUCACAAACCGAAUUAAACGAUUUUUCAACUACUAUUAACCAGAUUUCAGCAUCGUCUCUUGGAAAAGUAGAAUGUUUCAAGCUACCGGCAUGGCGGUUCCUACUACACAUGUGGUGUUUCCGUGUUCGUGGAGGCGUAUAUUACCACCUAGAAGCACAAAAACCUUCAAGCCUCUCGCAUGUCUCAGUCUUGAAGGAGUCAAAAGAAUGAGUGGGUUCCAUGAGAUUGAACUUAAAGUUCGCGACUAUGAACUGGAUCAGUUUGGUGUGGUGAACAAUGCUGUUUACGCAAAUUACUGCCAACAUGGUCAACACGAGUUUUUGGAGAGUAUUGGUAUCAACUGUAACGAAAUAUCCAUUUCUGGUGAAGCCAUGGCAAUUUCUGAGUUGGCAUUAAAGUUCAUUGCACCUUUACGUAGUGGAAGCAAAUUUGUGAUAAAAUCAAGGAUAUCGGGGACAUCCAUGACGCGCAUUUACUUUGAACAGUUCAUCUUUAAACUUCCAAAUCACGAGCCGAUUGUGGAGGCAAAAGGAAAGGCUGUGUGGCUUGACAACAAAUAUCGUCCUGCUCGUAUCCCAUCUCAUAUACGCUCUAAUUUCGUUCUCUUCCAACGCCAAAAGCUGAAGCAUACGCAGAAACCUAAUCCACCCAUAAGUACUUCUGGUCGCGGCAGUGAAUUUUCCUCCUAGUGCGGCAAGAACAUGUAGCUCCUUCAUGUUCAAAAUUUCAGCCCAUUUUCUGUAAAUUUUGAAAUCGAAAAGACCAAAAUGACCAUGACCUUUGUAAGAUAUAUUAAAGCUGGAGAUUUUAU